GCUAGGGUUUUUGAUUUCUGAAUCCCAACCAAAUCAAAACUCGAAUCUCCGAUUUCACUCAUACAAUGGGUGGAAAGUGUCCGCACAGGAGUGUGAAGAAGCGCCGCUAUUCUCACAAGUCUUUUAGGCGCUCCAAAUUUCUUGUGAAGGGCGACGACGCCGUUUACGAUGAGCUUCAGAAAGGGGAGGAAGAGAGAAAGCCCUUGCCCGUGGAUGAAGAUCUUCCGGGAAUGGGGCAGUACUAUUGUUUUCACUGCGAUCGCUAUUUUGCUAAUGUCUCUGUCAGAGACGAACAUUUCAAGACCAAACGGCAUAGGAAGCGUGUGAAGGUAAUGUUGGGACCUGCACCGCACACGCAACUGGACGCUGAUGUAGCUGCUGGAAUGGGCAAGCCAGACAAUGGCCCCAAGUUAAUGGCAAUGUAAACUUAUUCCUGUGUUUUUUAUGUUCCUGAAGUUUGUGUUUGUACGAAUUCUAGGCUCCCUGCCUUUACCCCUUGUUUAUUACAAUGAUACAACUAGUGGCUUAGGAGUUAGGGCUGAGAAUUCUAUUUUUGAUCGUAUUUUUGUCUGCGAGAUACAACAAUCUUAAUUUUUAGAGAAUAUAAAUCCAUAAUAAUUUGAUAUUUUCAGAAAUUCAAUUCUGAAAAUCUCAAAUUUUGUAACAAAA